AUGGCCUGCCUCAGCGACAUGUUUCUGCAUGUAAAAAUCCCACCAUGGCUCAAGCAAUUCUGCUACAAUCGAUGCGGCUCCGAGGAUUUGACCGACUGGGAUGAUGGUGGUCAGGGUGUGAACAGCCAUUUUGGAGAUGGUGCUGUCGGAUAUGAUGGACUGCAGAGUGGUUCUUCUGAGUAUCAAGCCCGAAGACCGUUAACCUAUGACAAAGGCCAGCCAAACCUACCGGUGUCAACGAAGGGUCAGCAAUACGGCUUGGUUCCAAAAGAGUGCAAUUGCUCCUUAACUCCCAAGACACAGCCCAUAAAACCAGCUUCACCAGUGAGUCCAGCAGAAGAGGCCAGGGCGGUGAUCACGCCAACCUUGCGCAGGGAUCGACCACCAAGUUUCAUGAGUAGUGGAGAAAUUAUCGCACUCCCUAGCCCACCCCCGCGUCUAGUACUGCCGCCCCUGCCUAGCAAAAUAUACGACGUGGUUGAUGCAGAGAUUAACUUUGGAAUCUCCUAUUUCACGGCUUAUCACGACUUUUCCGUGAGUGAGCGAAGGAUUUUGUUUUCUGCUCGCAUCCAACAGAACCCUGGGGAAGACUAUAUGAUCUCCUGCCCUCUAAUCAUUGGCGCUUCACACCUUGCUGAAACUAGUCGAAUAUCACUCCAACGCAAGCUAGACGCCGCUCGUGAAUGGGUACCAAAUUCAGUCUGGAAACUAUUUAGAGUGGAACAAUCUACAAGUCUUAUGAUCUAUAUAUAA